GCUGCAUGUCUGCCUUUGAGCCGAGCUGCCCCCUUGGUUGGGUCAAGUUGAAAUAACCGGGAAGCUAAACCAAGCCACUUGGAAGUGAUGAAGGUCGUUGAGUUGCGCCCCGGCUGCCCAUCCGUCCACAAAGCACGGAAAUUUUCAGCCCUCGUACCUUCUUUUUCUCCCCCCCUUGCGCUUCUUUCCCUUUGGGCGUUUGUCCAUCGAGAAGUGCCCUUGCGCCGCGUUCAGCUGGCCGUGCCACCCCCGUAGCCGACGUGCGCUGUAGGACAAGGUAUGAGGUUUCGUGGUUUCUUCUCUCCUCCAGCCCUGGGAGCUGUCUCGAAACGGCCAAGGCUUGCCCUCGAGCGUGCUACCUUGCCUAGUCUGGGUACACGGACGGCACGACUCACACAAGAUGGAGGCGGGCGUGGGCGUGGGAUGGGUUCCAAUAGUCUGAUGUCUCUGCCGCUUCGGGGCACCAUCAGUGCUCAGGUAUAUAUAUACGGGGAAUGGGGCCGGCGGUCAGAUCCUGUGCUGUAGGGGUGGCAUCCGGCUUCCACACCGUUGGGUCCAUGUGCUGGGCGACAUCGAAAGGAUUCGCCCUUAUUGCCUAUCUUAUUUUGUUUCCCUGGCGGCCCCCUCACUGACAGGGGCAGCAGCAAGCUUGCAUGUGCAUAGAGCGUAACCCUCUUCGCCCGCCCCAUCGCUUAUAAGCAGACCGGUCUGCUACUUUCCGGCUGACUGCCCUACUGCCCCGGCACUUCCUCUUUCCGCCAGCUCGGGACCUUUGGCGAGGCGAACAAGGGCGGACUGGGCAGCACUGAAUCGGACAGGACUGGACCGGACCGGAUUGGACCCGGAUUGGACAACACCAGCCCUGGCCGAGACGGUUCGAGACGAUUGACCAUCGUCGGAGCCGCAAGCACGGGCUGCACCAAUCCAAUUGGCCUCACGCAGGCGAAUAUACGGCUCGCCUGGGUUGCGGAAAGCCAUGUUCCAUCUGCAGCCCACGCCGUGCGGCGCGCCGUUUGGCGGCUAUGGGCUAGGUGACGGUUUUGUCGGCGGCGGGUUCCCAGUCCAAGGCGUCCAAGGCGUCCAAGGCGUCCAUGGCGUCCAGGACUCGCAUCCAUCGCAAGCCCACGGCUUUGCUGGCAGCGGUGCCGAGUGUGGAUGUGGUGGAUCCCCAGCAGGCGGGCAGCAGCUCCAAGCCUUUGGUCAGCUCCAGCAGGCCCACAGCCAACACCACCACCAGCAGCUCCUCGCGCUGGGGCAGGUGCCACCGCCGCCCGCCUUCCACACUAACCACCACCAGCACCAGCAUCACCCCCAUUACCAAAGCCACCCAAACCACCACCACCAUCACCACCACAACCACCACCCCCAAAACCACCACCAACAGCACCACCACCCCAACCACGACCCAACCUCGCCACCUCAUACCGUCGCCACGAUGGAGGCCGCCUCACCCCAGGACGAUGUCGUCGCCCAAGAAGCCGCCGCGCGCGACUACCAGCCACAGCUCGAGGGUCCCCUCGUCGGCGACAGGAUCACGAGCCACGCCAUCACCGAGCAGUACGCCAAGGCCGACCCCGUCUACGUGGAAAAGACAAUCGCUCUGCCCCAGACAUACUCGCACUACCGCCCUAUACAAGGAGACGGCAACUGCGGCUGGAGAGCAAUCGGCUUCAGCUACUUCGAGACCCUCAUCCUGACGGCCACUCCAGCCAAGAUCGCCGCCGAGAUCGCCCGCCUUGCCGAGCUGGACCAGUACAUAGAAAAUGUUGGCGGAUUCCAGCGCUUCCUAUGGGAAGACAUGGCCGAGGAGACCAUGCUCAUCCUCGCUGACAUCCAGGCCAACCUGGCCAACCCGGACGUCGCCAUAGCAUCUUUACAGGCCAAGUUCAACGACGACGGCGUCUCCAACGCCGUCAUCUACCACCUCCGCCUGCUAGCCGCCUCGUACCUCAAGGGAAACGUGGACAACUAUGAGCCCUUUAUCGGGGGCAGCGCCAAAGAGUAUUCGUCCGGCACCAUCGAGCCUGCCAACCGUGAGAUCGAGCAUAUCGGCAUCAUCCUGCUCGUCGAGGUUCUGCUCAGGCCAGCCGACUUCGUCCUCGAGAUUGUCUACCUGGAUCGCACCCCGAUGUCCAAGGCCAACACAUAUCGCUUUCCCGAAGAGCACAACGCCCGCCCCGAAUCGGAGCUUGGGCCCACUAUUCACCUGCUGUACCGGCCGGAUCACUACGACAUACUCUACAAGCCUCCGCCGACCCCUGUAGACGUGCAGGUUCAUCGUGCUGCCGACUUUACACACCAGUUCCAGAUCGCCCCAGCCAACAUUGCACCAUGUGGUCCACUCGAGCCUGAAGUAGACUUUGAGCUGCUGCUCGCCAUGAAUUCCUACAGCGCCGCUGCCGGAAACCCCCUGGCCUCGAUGCUCCCUUUCGACUUGGGCCCCGCCACCACCGCGUACUCUCCCAGCCCAGAGGCACAGCCGCCGCAGUCAUGGGGCGAGCCGCCGUGUUCUGAACCACUGCCUGUCCGGCACACGCCUGCCGCUUCAGCCUCGCCAACACGGAGCAUCAUCACACCCCAUACACAGCACCAACCGCGGUCGCAGUCGCAAUCACCGCGGAUGCAGCAGCAGCCUGAACAUCAGCAACAACAAGCACCAGAGCACGUACAAAGCGUAAUGCCCGUGGCGCCCUCUCCUAUAGUCACAACACACCCGCUGCGCUUUAGCAGGUACAGUUUCCCGACAAAGACGGCCGAGGGAGUCUCGGAGGUCAAGUCGGUUGACGGCCAGGCCAUGGCCCUGGCCGCCGUGACGGAGCAUCACCCCAUGGCGACCGAAGCCUUCAGGAACAGCCACUUCAACGUUGCCCACUUUAACAACCCCAAUUUCCAGCCAGAGGAGUAUCGCCGUCCGCACGCCGGCGAGCGUCGCCGCUCGGCGGACGAUGACGCUUCAGAGGGGGGCACCACAAGACGCAAAAAGAAGGAGAAAUCGAUCAAAGCUGAGCCGAAGGAAGACGUCUGAUAGACUAAUGAAUGAAAGACACGGCUCCUUAUCGGAGCAUGGAGUAUGGAUCACGUGGAACAAGGACGGACUGCUUGACGAGGAAUAACCGUAGCGAGCUUCCGCUUUUUGGGUGCACCCAGUCAAUGUUAAUUUCUUUACUUUUUGAUCAACCCUGGCAGCACCAACAAGGUCCGCUACCAAAACUAAUCCAUAUCCCCCACACGGUUCCUUGGGCCCGAGUCUGCCAUUUUUUUUUUUUUUUUUGCAUAUUUUUAUUGUCUGAGUCGCUUCGGUUGCGUUUGGCCUGCGUCAUAUUAUUUUACGGGAAUGCGCAUUUUCGGUCUGCAACUCAUGGUGCGCGUUGUAUUCAUCCCAUUACCAAGCACGGUAUGAUGAUCAUCAAGAGCGGCAUUGUGUGGGACCCUGUGGUUUCUGUGUGCUUUGCUUUAGGGACCCGAACGUGGCGGUAGCGUGAGAACGAGAGGCAUACACGCGGAUGGAACAAGAAAAGCGAAGGGGGUUGGAAAGCACGAACCGGUAGCGAGCAAUUGGACACAUUCAUUCUCCUUGGCCUUGCAAAAUGCCUCUUUCUCAAGUGC